GCAGCCUCCAUGAACAAAAUCCUGCUUCUUCCAACAGGCUGCAAUUUCUAGUGGGAGAUUUGGGAUGUACAUACCUUUCAAAAGAUACUGCAGGAUGACCCAGCCAGCAGAUGCGAUGUCACUGCAGAUGGUAUCGGCUGUCAGCAAUUCAUCCUUGCUUCAGCCAGGUUCUUCCCUGCUGAAUUUUGAUGGACACGUCUUCUUUUUUGGGCAGAAAGGAUGGCCGAAGAGAUCCUGUCCCACGGGUGUUUUCUUCCUUGACAUAAAGCAGAAUGAGCUCAAAAUGAAACCUGCUGCCUUCUCUAGGGAUUCCUGUUACCUUCCCCCGCUCCGCUACCCAGCUAUUUGCACGCUUAGAAGCGAUGGGGAGUCCGAUAAGCACCAGUACAUUAUUCAUGGUGGGAAAACACCUAACAAUGAUCUUUCUGAUAAGGUUUACAUUAUGAAGGUGGUAAACAAAACUACCAAGAAAACCACGUUUCAAUGCACUGAGAAAGAUCUAGAUGGAGAUGUCCCUGAAGCUAGAUACGGGCAUACAAUUAAUGUAGUUCAUAGCCGGGGAAAAAGCAUGAUUGUUAUAUUUGGAGGUAGAUCAUAUAUUCCUCUUGCACAGAGAAUUACUGAAAAAUGGAAUAGUGUAGUUGACUGUUUGCCAUUUGUGUUUCUUGUUGAUUUUGAGUUUGGAUGCUGUACGUCAUACAUACUUCCAGAGCUUCAAGAUGGACUUUCCUUUCAUGUUUCAGUUGCCAGGAAUGAUACAAUCUACAUUUUGGGAGGCCAUUCACUUCAAAAUAACACCCGGCCUCCCAGCCUUUACAAGCUAAAAGUUGAUCUCCCUCUGGGCAGCCCAGCUGUGACCUGCUCUAUCUUGCCAGGGGGAAUAUCUGUGUCGAGUGGUAUUGUGACUCAGACUGGUGAUACUGAAUUCGUCCUUGUUGGGGGCUACCAGUCUGACAACCAGAAACGGAUGAUCUGUAACACUAUAAUUUUGGAAAAUAAUAAAAUAGAGAUUGUUGAAAGGGCAAGCCCAGAUUGGACACCCGAUAUUAAACACUGUAGGAUGUGGUUUGGCUGUGAUAUGGGCAAAGGGUCCAUAUUGUUGGGUAUUCCUGGUGCCAACAAACAGUUAAUCUCAGAUGCAAACUACUUCUACAUUUUGAGAUGCAACAGAGCAGACGAGGAUGAAGAAGAAGAAUUGACAUCACAAGCAUGCUGUCAGGCAUCUACCGAAGACCAAGGAGACUCCACUCCAUUUGAAGAUUCCGAAGAGUUUUCUUUUAGUGCUGAAGCCAGUAGCUUUGAUGUUGAUGACAUUGAUACUUACAAUGAAGAUGAUGAAGAAGAUGAAUCAGAAACAGGGUACUGGAUCAUCUGCUGUGCCAGCUGCAAUAUUGACAUUAACACCUGGGUGCCUUUCUAUUCAACAGAACUCAACAAGCCUGCAAUGAUUUUGUGUUCCAGUGGGUCUGGCCAUUGGGUUCAUGCACAGUGUAUGGAUCUGUCAGAGAGCAUGCUCCUUCGGCUCUCCGAAGCAAAUGUCAAGUACUUCUGCAAUGAGCAUGUUGACCUUAAUAAAGGGCUGCAAACUCCCCAAAAGGUGGUGCGUCUGAAAAAGCAACCCAUGAAACGACUGCACAAAAAGAAAACCAUGAAGUUAACCACACCAGUGAAAAAGUCUUUUCUUCGGAGAUUAUUUGAAUAGA